UCGGCAUACUGCCUUCGCUGCUAAAAAGUAAUCAAAAGUUUGUCUCCUUUAUUGUAAUGCAAAUAUAAAAAAAUUGUGAGAAAAUUUCGCCUCUAUUUUCGUAGCGUAGCGACAGCUGACUGGCCCUAAACGGUCAAGCACUAAACCGAAUCGUGGCAGAAAAAGAUCACACGCGAAACUGUGGAUCCGUGCAUUGAAGACGAGUUUAAUAAAAUAUUAACAAGAAAUAGAGCUAUGAAUAUAUAAUUUUCUUGUUUGUUGGAUUGCGAAGGGAGCAACAGUGCUACAGUAAUUUGAUAAAGUGAAUUUUAAAUUCGAAAUCGACAGCCCGACAAAUUCGAGGGACGAUUUUUGAAAAAUUCUACAUAUUUAAAGGACAUAACAGGAAUUACACUGGGCAACUUGGAAAAGGUAAACAAGGAAGAAUAAAGCGCGAAAGAUCAGGCUAAUAUCAGCGAACUUCAUACACAUCAUAGUGGUAUCGCUAUAUAUGGCUGUUUUAUAGCUGAAAAGUGGGAAUACUCAUGGAAUUUCUCGUGGGGAACCAGUUCACAAUUUCGCCUCAAUGCACGCGAAAUUUGGGAAUACACGCGAGCAAGUAAAAGGGUUAUUUUAUCAGAAUAAUACGCGUAAAAAAUUAAAGUAAGUCUUAAAUACUGUAGUUUAAUAUGCAAAUUUGCGUGGAUUUUUGUUAGUAGUAUUUGUGUGUAGGCGAUACGUGUCGGUCCUUAUAAGACAAAAUUUCGUUUUUUUCGAGGCGUCGUUUCGAGCGGAAAAGCGUGGGUUUUAACUCGCUAAAUUGUAUUUUGACGGUGUUUUUGAGUUGUUUUGCCCGCUGGAAUAAGUGCUAGGGAAGAUAUUAAUUUAGGUUGUUAUGGAAAUCUUGAAAUCAUUUGUGAAAAAGAUAUCUUGAUAUUUUUUUAAAUUAGAUGCGUGUGGUCGCAUAGAGUUACUUGAAGACACUGAUCGUAAGGCGUAGGGGCAUGAACUGGAACGCUAUCUUUAUAUCGAAGCUCUAUGAUUAAUUGAAGUCAUUCAACUAAAGAACACUAGGAUAUCUUGUACACCCCCCGCCAGCCAGAGAAUUAAGUUAUGUAUAUCACGCAUAAACUAGGAGUUAUACUAUCGCAAGGAAAGUGCUGCCUCACACCCAAGAGAUCAAAGGCAGCAUAAAUUAUACAAUGGCUAAUAUUACGCAAAUUGAACCAAAAUUUAAUCAACUAGUCCUUGGGCAAUACUGGCGAAGGUGAUGACUGCACCAUAUGACUAGUGCUAGUCGAUUAUUAGUGCUAGUAUUAUGAUAGUUGAACUCACUAAACUGAAAAAUACCGUACUGAAUCGAGACAACUUGCAUGUUAGACUAAAUUUUAAUCUAAGUAAAGAGAAGGGAAUCAAACACCACAGCUAAAAAGAGCAUAAUGAAAUUAGUAAAAUUGCAAAAUUUGGUUGCGAAAUGUUGUAAAGCUUGGAAAAUAUAGUCUUGCAAAGUUUGCAAAUUUUAUAUGUGUUCGUAUUACGUGCGCAAAUUAUUACCAUUUUCGGCUCAAAAAUGGUAACAAUUGCCGCACGUAAUCCAAACACUAUACUGACAAAAUAUGCAAACUUUGCAAGGCUAGAUUUUCCGUAUUUUACAACAUUUCGUAACCAAAUUUUGCAAUUUUAAUCAUUUUAAUAAGUUCUUUACGGCAAUUUACUUUCUUGCCUAGAUAAAAAAUUAGUCUAACAUGCAACCUGUCUACUUUCAUCCAUCUCAUUGCAGUGGCUCCCUCAAUGCAAAACAAAAUCUUCCAAGGGGUCAUUUUUGGCAUUUCUGGUCUCAUUUCGUUCGCAUUUGUGGUGGUGCUAUGCAAAUGGUGUCAUAUGUACCACGCACGGCGCCGUCGAGCACAGCAGAACAGCGGUAAAGACUACCAAACCUACCAGGUCACCCAACCUAUUCCUGGCAAAUUCUCUGACAAACAACUCUACGGCAGUGGUCAAUGUGUUCAACCAGGGAUAGGAGGGGAUGUGGAGUUGGCGCGGGAACUUCGAGAUGGGACUCUAGACUUUGAAUACACGCUUGAACCAAAUGUCCCCUUAGGAAAAGUGCAGUUGUCAAUUUUAUAUGAAAUUGAAGUUCGGAAAUUGAAUGUCUUGUUACUUCAAGCUAAAGGUCAGUAUAGCGGAUAAAUCUUACGUUUCAAUAUAUAUAAUUCAUCCUUAAAAUUAAUAUUCAACAGUUAAAUUUUAGGAUUCAGUGAUUGAGUCUUAGGAUUCAAUGAUUCAAUCUCAAGAUUCAAUGAUUCAAUCGUAGGAUUCAAUGAUUCCAUCUUAGAAUUUAAUGAUUCAGUCUUAGGAUUUAAUUAUUCAAUCUUACGAUUCAAUGAUUCAUUCUUACGAUUCAAUGAUCUAGUCUUAGGAUUCAAUUAUUCAGUCUUAGGAUUCAACGAUUCAGUCUUAGGAUUCAAUUAUUAGGAUUCAAUUAUUCAGUCUUAGAGGAUUCAAUGAUUCAGUUUUAGGAUUCAAUGAUUCAGUCUCAGGAUUCAACGAUUCAUUUUUAGGACUCAAUGAUUCAAUCUUAGGAUUCAAUGAUUCAAUCUUAGGAUUCAAUGAUCCAAUUUUAGGAUUCAAUGAUUCAAUCUUAGGACUCAAUGAUUCAGUAUAGGAUUCAAUCAUGCAGUCUUACAAUUCAGUGAUUCAGUCUUAGGAUUCAAUGAUUCAAUCUUAGGAUUCAAUGAUUCAAUUUUAGGAUUCAAUGAUUCAAUUUUAGGAUUCAAUGAUUCAAUUUUAGGAUUCAAUGAUUCAAUUUUAGAAUUCAAUUAUUCAAUCUUAGGAUUCAAUGAUUCAACCUUACGACUCGAUGACUCAAUAUCUUAAGAUUCAACGAUUCCAUCUUAGGAUUCAAUGAUUCAGUCUUAGGACUCAAUGAUUCAGUAUAGGAUUCAAUAAUCCAAUCUUAGGAUUCAGUGAUUCAAUCAUAGGACUCAAUGAUUCGAUCUUACGAUUCAAUGAUUCAAUCUUAGGAUUUAAUUAUUGAAUCCUAGGAUUCAAUGAUUCAAUCUUAGGAUUCAAUGAUUCAAUUUUAGGAUUCAAUGAUUCAAUUUUAGGAUUCAAUGAUUCAGUCUUGGGAUUCAAUGAUUCAAUCUUAGGAUUCAAUGAUUCAAUCUUAGGAUUCAAUGAUUCAAUCUUACGACUCGAUGACUCAACAUCUUAAGAUUCAAUGAUUCCAUCUUAGGAUUCAAUGAUUCAGUCUUAGGACUCAAUGAUUCAGUAUAGGAUUCAAUGAUUCAGUCUUAGGAUUCAAUGAUUAAGUCUUAGGACUCAAUAAUUCAGUAUAGGAUUCAAUGAUCCAGUCUUAGGAUUCAGUGAUUCAAUCUUAGGACUCAAUGAUUCGAUCUUACGAUUCAAUGAUUCAAUCUUAGGAUUUAAUUAUUCAAUCUUAGGAUUCAAUGAUUCAAUCUCACUCCUCUAGGUGUAGUUUGUCAGACGCAAAGAAAUAGUGCUAAUCUUUAUGCCAAAGUCCUGCUCACGAAGGAUACCGAGGGCACAAAGCUCACGAGCGAUCGUUGUACGAAGAUUCAACGAAUGAUCCCCGAACCUCAGUUUCAUGAGGAAUUCUCGUUCUGUGUUAACGAGAGGGAAAUAGGAUACGCAACGAUACAGGUGGGUUUCGUUUCACAAGAUAACUUUGUAAUUAUAUUGAAUAACUUUAUCACUUCUACACCACUCCCCCUAGAGGUGCAGCAAGGCCAUCGCUUAUUUCCUCCACAAGCUCUUAUUAUUGAGAUGAUGUUACUCUGAAUGUGUCUACGCAAGGCUAGCCAAAAAUUUUGCUUGAGCGCGGUGGGAAUCGAACCCGAAACCUCUGGUUUGCUACUUAUCUGGUUUGCUACUGGAUAGCUAUGUCAGUCAUAAACCGUUCUCUCUAAAGGUCCAGUGCGGACCAUAGUCCAUUCGUCCUGUAUUUAGCCAGCUCCCAGACGCUUGCUUGUAUAUUAUAUAAUAUAUAUGACACUUGCAAGCGCCUGCGAGCAGGCCAUCCCGUGUCAUAAUUGGAGAAAGCCUGCAGAAGAAAUCUUCCCAAAAACCUGGUUCACAUAUGUCGGCGGACUAUUGUUGUUAGCAGUUCAACCAAAUAAUUCACAAAAUAAUGUAUGCAUCAACAGCUGUAAACAAUGAUAGCGCAAGCAUACCACAGGCAUAUGUGAACCAGGCUAAACAUGGCUGAGGUGAAAUUAUAGUCAGGCAACUAUAUGUUGCAGGCACAAUCUAUACGGUGGCAACAAAUGUCAACAUUGCGUUUCUAUGUUUAAGUCUUCUUUAGUUCAAUGACUUCAACUAUGUUGGUCUGGCCUUUAAGUUUAUAACAAGAAUAUAUUUUCCCUUGGGAAAUUACUACUGAUUUAAAGGCCCAUUUUCACUCAAGAAAAAUUUCCACGAACAGAAAAUUUUCCGAAAAUAUCAUUGUUAAAAGUCGAAACUGUUCAACAUUUUACAAAAUUUUCUCUCUGCGUAAAAUUUUCCUGAGUGGAAAUGCCUCAACUAAUCACUUAUGGAAGUCUUCUCUGCCAUUUUGUUUUCCACCAGGUUUGUCUCUACGAAAUUGACGCAUUUUCCAAAAGUCACGCACUCGGUCAAGUUUGCAUCGACAUGAAAGACGUUGAUAUCACGCAAAGGAUGACGGGAUGGUUUGAUUUGUACGAAGAAGAGGAGGAGGUUGGACACUAGUUAAUUAUUAUAACUAAAUGAUGAAUUAUAACAGAUACCUGACAAGGCUUUCAUCAUCUUUUUAAGUAAACGGCUGUGGUCAGAAUGUAGGCGGCUGCCCAGAUAUUUGCAGGGAUAUUUUACUUUAUUAACUAUCCUAUAUUUUUAAAUAAAUUUUAGAAAAGACCAACCUCGGGGGAUCUGUUGUUGUCCUUGAAUUAUUUCCCAACCGCUGGUCGGCUGACUGUCGUCAUCAUGAGGGCGCGUGACCUAAAAAUUGAACACAAGACAGGAGCCUGGGGUGAGUCAGUGAACUCGAUAUAUCACCGGAUGGAUAGACGUAGUUUAGGUUGAGUUUUCUCCUAUAGUAACACUGGACCUCCAGGGAGAACAGUUUAGAAAUGAUAGAGCUGUUUAGUAUAAAUAAAGUUAGUUUAGUUUAGGUUUCCUCCUGUAGUAACACUGAAUCAAUAAGAGAUGAUCCUUACUGGACCUCCAGGGAGAACAGUUUAAAAAUGAUAGAGCUGUUUAGUAUAAAUAAAGUUAGUUUAGUUUAGGUUUCCUCCUGUAGUAACACUGGAUCAAUAAGAGAUGAUCCUUACUGGACCUCUAGGGAGAACUGUUUAGAACUGAUAGAGCUAUCCAGUAUAAAUAAAGUUAGUUUAGUUUAAGUUUCCUCCUGCAGUAACACUAGACCAAUAAGAGAUGAUCCUUCUGGACCUCUAGGAAGAACAGCUAGUUUAGAACUGAUAAAGCUAUCCAGAAUAAAUAAAGUUACUCGAACCGUCCUGACCGCGUAGCUCAGUUGGAAGAGCAUUGGGCUAGUAUUCCAAAGGUCGUGGGUUCGAAUCCCACUGUGGCCGGGCAUAUUUUUCAAGCUCGCCCGGUGUGGAUAUGCACUCAGAGUAACAUCACAAACAUAUUAUUCACCUGAGUACACAACACUAGCACAGAAAAAAUUCAAAUAAAGUUAGUUUAGUUUAGGUUUCCUCCUACAAUAACACUUGGAUCAAUAAGAGAUGACUGAUAAAGAAAACUGAUAGAGCUAUCCAGUAUAAAUGAUAUUAGGUUAGUUUAAUUUCUUUAAUGCGAAACAAAGCUGUUAAUUAUUAAUUUAUAUAUAUUUAGAUACUAAUUAUGUUAAUUUAUUUUCAAGGAGUGUUCGUGAAGGUGGUUUUCUUAUAUAAUCAUAAACGAGUGAGUAAGAAAAAGACAGUCGUUGUUCGUAAGACGGAAAACCCAAUAUACAACGAAGCAUUUGUUUUCAAAGUCCCCAAAGAAGCGAUGGCCUACAGCUCUUUCAAAAUACUCGUAGUAAACCGAACAUCCUAUGGACGGGACGAAGCGCUGGGCGACAUCACGAUAGGACCUCAGGAAUACAAAGACGGUCUACUACACUGGAAUAAAAUGUUGAUGGAAUUACGCAAACCUGUUGCCAUGUGGCAUCCUAUUAUUAUGAACUGAAGAUCUGAUCUCUGAAACUGGACUAUAUUUUUCGGAUCUCUUAAUUAAAACUGGACUAUAAAGAGUAUAAAUAUGGAUUAUUACUAUUAUUAUGAACUGAGCAUCUGAUCUCCGAGACGCUCUUCCGAUCUCUAUAUUUUUCGGAUCUCUUAAUUGAAACUGGACUAUAAAGAGUAUAAAUAUGGAUUAUUACUAUUAUUAUGAACUGAGCUACGCUUCUGCUCUCUGAAAUUAAACUGGAGCAAUCAUGCGUCGGAAAUUAACUGGCAUAUACGAGGUUGGCCUAUCACGUGUUAUUUGAAAAUCGAUGUCUGCUGAUAUUUUUUGACCGGAGAACUUUCUGACCCGCGCUUAAACAAAUCAUAAAUGAUGACGUCUAUUCUGAAGUUAAUUAAUCAAGAUAAUUUACAAUUAAAUAUAUACAGUGCUGGUCACUGUUCUAAAUUAUAUUAUAAUAUAUGUUAUAUAAAAU